GAAAAAUAAUUGAUGAUGAUGGCUUCAUCAAAUGCAUUUUCAUCAUCAGAUCCACUUACUAUAGGAAGGGUGAUCGGAGAUGUAGUCGAUGAUUUCACAGAAACUGUGAAAAUGACAGUCACUUACAACAACAAGCAUGUCUACAAUGGCUAUGAGUUCUUCCCUUCUUCAGUUUCCACUAAGCCUAGGGUUCACAUUCAUGGAGGCGACUUGAGAUCCUCUUUCACUCUGAUUAUGACAGAUCCAGAUGUUCCUGGUCCUAGUGACCCAUACUUAAGAGAACACUUACACUGGAUGGUAACUGAUAUACCAGGCACAACGGAUGCAACAUUUGGAAAGGAGGUGAUAAAGUAUGAGAUGCCAAAGCCAAACAUAGGAAUACAUAGAUUUGUUUUGGUGCUUUACAAGCAGAUGAGGAGGCAGACGGUAAACAAAAUUCCCAGUUCAAGAGAUCUCUUCAACACAAGGAAAUUCGCAGUUGAAAAUGAUCUUGGUACUCCUGUAGCUGCUGUUUUCUUCAAUGCUCAAAGAGAAACCGCUUGUAGAAAGCGCUGAUCAGCUGAUCUUUAAGACAAAAUAAUCUUUUAUCUUAAAUGUGUGCAACU